AUGGGUCAGUCUUGUCAAAACCCCCUCCAGGAUGCUACGGAAAAAGGCACACCAUAUAUUCUUCCUUCUGGGGAAGUUUGCGUUAAAAUCCCAAACUCAGUAAUAGAGAGUAACAGGAAGUCAUGGGAUUUUUUUGUGCUGGGGCAAUUCUACUCAGACCCCCCAUCUAAAGGUACCCUUCACAACAUUGUAAACGGAAUCUGGAGUAAGCAUUACAAAGAUAUCUCAGUUUCAAAACUAGAUGGGAACGCUUUCCUCUUUCGCAUACCAAAUGCUUCCACCAGAAAUCACGUAAUUGCUCAACGACUAUGGCAGAUUGAAGGGCAAACUAUGUUUGUAACUAAAUGGGAACCUGGAGUUAUCCCUAAGAAGCCGGAGCUAUCUUCUGCACCCAUUUGGCUAGAACUACAAAAUGUCCCUCUGCAAUUCUUCAACGAGGAAGGCCUCGAGUAUGUAGCUGGGCUAGUAGGAGAACCGAAAUUUUUACACCCAUCCACUGCAAACAAAACAAAUCUUGAGGUAGCUAGGGUGUUCACCAUCAUUGACCCCGGCAAGCCAUUGCCCGAGGCAGUCAAUGUUCAAUUUGCUUCUGGUGAAAUAGCCCGUGUUCUGGUAUCUAGCCCAAGGAUGCCACCAGUAUGCUCUCACUGCAAAGGUAUUGGGAACACUAUCAAGCGUUGUUCAUCAGCUCCAAUAACCUGUCCUACUUGCAAGUCCACUACGCAUUCCCCCGAAUCUUGUCCAAGGCUAAAGGAACCAAAUGCAAAACGUAGGCAACAAAAGAAGCAUCCCAAACCUCAACCAAAUCAAGGUACUCCUUUGCCUGGUCAAGGUGCGAAGAUGGGCGAGCCAAGUGGUUUAUCGGUUCAGAGCAAGGUCACUAAUACACACUCCUCCGAUGGUACGGUAUCUGAAGUUGAAGCAGACUCGUCAGAUACCUUCUCCUCAGAUAGUGGCGGAGCGUGUGGCGAUGAGUAUGAUGAGAAGUUUCAAGUUGCUCUCUCCAAGAGGAAACGUAAGGUUCACCAUAGAAGCGGGUUUAAAAAAUGGAUUAGGGGAACUAAAUCCCUUUUUGGUGGUCUUAUUGAGACUCAUGUCAAGCAGGAGAAGAUGAAGAAAUUUGUAAAUAAUCUUCUACCUGGCUGGUGUUUUGAUGAAAACUAUGGCUUUUCGGAUUUGGGGAAAAUAUGGAUCAUGUGGGAUCCUAGCGUUCAGGUGGUGGUGUUAUCAAAAUCUUUACAGAUGGUUACGUCUGAAGUUCUGUUGCCGGAGGCGAAAGAUAAAAUCAUCGUCUCUAUCAUCUAUGCUUCAAAUGAUGAGGGACAAAGAAAGGAGCUUUGGGCCGAACUGGUCUCGAUUACAAAUUCCCAGCUUAUGCUAAACAAACCAUGGAUUGUUCUAGGUGAUUUCAACCAAACUCUCAACCCAGACGAACACUCUUCGCCUGCCACUCUAAAUGUUGACCCAAAAACUAGAGACUUCAGAGAUUGCUUGUUGGAAGCGGAUCUAUCUGACAUGACUUUCAAAGGAAGUACUUUCACUUGGUGGAACAAGUCAAAGACAAGAUUAAUUGCUAAGAAGCUGGACAGAGUUCUGGUUAAUUCCCACUGGUUUACAGUCUACCCUGCUUCAUUUGCCGUUUUUGGAGAACCAGGCUUCUCGGAUCAUGCAUCAUGUGGAGUUACUUUGGACACUGGUACAAUCAAAGAGAAACGUCCUUUUUCAGUUCUUCAACUUCCUCCUUCAAAACCAAUUCUUUCUUCCGCUUGUGGCGGACAGUUGGUUUUCCUAUAA